GAACCGUGGAAGAGACAAGAAUCCCAAAUUGCAUAUUUGGAAGUUGGGAACCGCACAGGGGGCCUUGUUCCUGAGCACCACUUACUACCUAAUGCAGACGCUACUGCUACCUGCAGCUCGCUCCAAUGGAGUGGCAUCUGCAUCCUCACCUUUUCCCCAUCUCCCUCGACUCCCUCGUCGGACACUCUCUUACCACCACAACGCUCUUUCGUUCUCCUCUCCCAACAAGUCCUCAGUCUCCUUAUCAUCUCUUCCUCUCCUCGAGUCGCGUUUCGCCUUUGCUCCUCCCUUCUGUGUCUCCUCCAACAAAAGUGGAACUACCGCCUCCGUCAACGCCUCCUCUCCUGUUUCCUCCUCCUUCCCUUCUCCAACUGAUGAAUCCGAAAAGACUAAGCUCGAUCAGGUUGCCAAGAGACUGGAGAACGCUUCCAGAUAUUUCAAGCGGUUGGGUAGUUUAGGGUUUUGGGGACAGCUGGUUUGUACUGUAGUUUCCGCUGUAAUUCUAUCCUUCUCCGUUGUCGUUACUGGGAAAAUUUCUUCGCCACCUACGUUCUAUUGUACUGCUGGAGGGAUUGCCGCCGCCUUCAUUUCCGUCUUUUGGUCCUUUGGUUAUAUCCGUCUGUCGGAUAGGCUUCGUAAGACUGCAAGCGAUCCUUCAAAGGCUCCCCCUCGAGCUGAAGUUGUAAAGAGCUUGAGGAAUGGUAUAGUGGUGAACCUUCUGGGAAUGGGUGCUGCGAUUCUUGGCAUGCAAGCUACAGUAGGGCUAUUAGUUGCAAAGGCCCUUACUUCCUCAGUAAAUCCUUACUACCAGGGCACUCCUGGUUACAGUCCUGUGCUAGCUUUGGAUGUAUUCUUGGUUCAGGCCUCAGCCAACACCAUUCUCUCUCAUUUCUUGGGGCUCGUUUUCUCAUUGGAGCUAUUGCGGUCAGUUACAUUACCACCCACAGAAGCUACUCCAAUUGCCAGACUUGCUUAAGCUUCUACUAUUGCAUGGUGAAGGAAAUUCGAUCCAGAUCUUCUGUAGAGGAAAUUUGAUUUUGGAUCCUGAUUUCAACAUAAGGAAUGUUUUAAGUAUUUCUGUGAGAUUAUUAAUGUACUUUUGAAUCGUUUACUCAAUUCAAGAUCUCAUUUCCCUUCUGUGUGA